UUGAUAAAAUAAAUUUAACGAAAUAUGAAGAUCUUUUGCCUGAUUCUGUUAACCUCCUUGUUGGUUUCCUCUACCUUUGGAUAUUCGAUUAUUAACUCCAGAGAUCCUCAUGAUAUAAAGAGACAACUCACUGGGAAUGACUGGAACCUCUAUGUCAUUUACUUUUAUGAUAGCUAUAGCGGGAAAAUUGAUCCUAACUUAAGCUCUCACUUAAAAAACAAUAUUCUUGAUAGAUAUGGAGACCAGGUGGUUUAUGGAGAAGUUGACCUUGCUGAGAGAGAAAACCUUGAACUUCUUGACCUAGUAGAGCCAUAUAACAAAGGAGAUUACUCUCGUUCAGGUAAUACCAAAGCAAAAGACGUUCCAUUUGUACUCCUCCUUAGUCACGGUUAUGGUUGGACUCUUCAAGGUGACAAUAUCCAUGUAAACAUUGACGACUACAUGGAUGCUAUAAUCUCCCAUGCUCAGGAAAGUCAGACUGUUGAAUGUGAAUUUUAA